UAAUCACGCCAAGCAGGGCUAGGUGCCUUGUCGGCCCGCCCUCUUCUCUCCCGCAGUUUCUCCGGCAGUCGCCUCGAACCGCAACGACCUGCCAAACCGCACUCGAAAAAAUCAUGUCGGAAAACUUCAAGCAACUCCCCGAGGAGCUCCAACUGGCCACGUCGGCUCACGUCAAGUACAUCCAGAGCUUGGACACAAGGAAAGACGAGUAUGACUACUGGCUGACCGAGCACCUCCGGCUCAACGGGCUCUACUGGGGGCUGACGUCCCUCCACCUCCUGGGCCACCCCGACGCCCUGCCGCGCGCCGAGACCAUCGACUUCGUGCUGUCAUGCCAGCACGAGAGUGGCGGCUUCGGGGCAGCCCCCGGCCAUGACGCUCACAUGCUCUCCACUGUCAGUGCGGUGCAGAUUCUCGCCAUGGUCGACGCCUUUGACGAGCUCGAGUCGCGCGGCAAGGGCAAGGCGCAGGUGGGAAAGUACAUUGCCAGUCUCCAAAACCGUCAAACCGGCACGUUCGCCGGCGACGAGUGGGGUGAGGAAGACACCCGUUUUCUCUACGGCGCCUUCAACGCGCUGUCGCUCCUAGGGCUGCUCCACCUCGUGGACGUCGACAAGGCGGUCAACCACAUUGCGGCCUGUGCCAACUUCGACGGUGGAUACGGCGUGAGCCCCGGCGCCGAGUCGCAUGCUGGGCAGAUAUUUACCUGUGUCGCCGCCUUAACCAUCGCUGGCAGACAGGAUCUUGUGGACAAGGAGAGACUGGGGCGGUGGCUGAGCGAAAGGCAGAUUGCUGGAGGCGGUCUCAAUGGUCGGCCGGAGAAGAAGGAGGAUGUCUGCUAUAGCUGGUGGGUCCUGAGCAGCUUGGAGAUGAUUGGCAAAACACACUGGAUCGAUAAAGACCAGCUGAUAGCCUUCAUCCUCCGCUGCCAGGACCCGGAGCGAGGUGGCAUCUCGGACAGACCUGGUGACAUGGUCGAUGUCUGGCACACUGUGUUUGGUCUUGCCGGCCUGAGCUUGCUUCGGUACCCUGGACUGGAGCCUGUAGACGAGGUCUACUGCAUGCCCAAGUCGACCACCGCGCGCGUGCUGGGCCGAUGAGCAGCAAUUGGACGCUCUUGCUCAACCCCUAAGCAGACUGCAGUCCCCCCGUCCAAAUGCAAAAUACUACCUCCGCUAUCGCUUCAAACUCUCCUGCAAUCUAAUAACCUUCCAACAAUACUCGCCGCGUUGGGCAGGAUACAAGGCAGGAGAAGAUCAACCCAUCACCACCUCCUCUAUCAUCUCUGGUGUUUCUUACGCUAGCUGGUGUGGAAUGAGGAUGGACAUGUAUCCUUCAAAGACCGUCGGAGGCUAAACGUGCUCUGUGAACUUCAUCGCCUUGAGAUCAGCUGAGGAGAGGAGGCGAGGGCACAUCAGGUGGCUG